UGGUCAGCCGCCCGAGAUGGCCACCCAUCUGACAGCCACCCGUCUGCCCUCGAUUCCAGUGGACGGAGGGGGCCUGGCGGGACUGUGGAGGACCGCGGAAGACGGCAAACUGAGACAGCGUGAUGCCAAGUCGGCGGCCGAGCGGUGGUCGGCCGAGGCGAGUGGCCGGUCGGACGUGCGACGCGCCCCCUCGCUGCCGCCCAUCACCCCUCGCGCCAGUCCCGAGGAGGGUGACACCUCGGGCUACUACAGCGAGGCGCAGCCGGACCGGUGCUCGGUGGAGCCGCCGCCGAGCCGGACCGCCUUGGCUGGGUCGCUCAGCUCGGUCCGGUUCGAGCCGCAGAGAGCCGAGCUGGCUGAGACGGCGGGCCCGCCGCCCGCUCCGGCGGCCCCGCCGGAGCCAGUGGCGGAGCAUGGCCCGCCGCCGGCCGCCCCGCCGCCCACCCGCGACAUGCCCAUGACCUGGAGGCGGCAGCAGCACGCCCGUCAGGUGGCCCAGUUGACCCGCGAGUCGGAGCUGCGACGGCGAGCCCAGACUGCCGACAGAAUGAAGUGGGGAGACCGGGGAGUGGGUAUCAGCCGACUCUGGGACCCGUGCGCCUCCACGGCCCAUCUGCCAGACGUGUGCGGAGGUCGACAGGGCACGGCCGGCAGUGCGCGGAAGAAGAAGAAGGGAGAGCCGGCUGACGCAUCGGAAGAGGUGCAUCUAUCCGAGUCCUGCGUCAGAACGACCAGUCGCUCUGCUCCGUCGACCUGGCCGGCGACUUCACGUACCGGCUGGUUGGCGUCGACAACUUAA